ACACGAAAACGCUCACGGUCAUCACGCGUAUAAAAGUACGACGAUUCUUACCCUGAGGCAUCAGUCUCCUGGCGAUCCUCUCGUAAACAAACAUGGUUGGAAAGCUCGUUCUUCUCUUAAGCCUGGCGGUCCUCUCGAAGGGCGCGGUGGUACCAGCACCGGUGGUUGCCGCAGCACCGGUGGUACCAGCAAGACUGGAAGAACUGGACGCAGUGCCCCAAUACAGUUUUGCUUAUGACGUACAAGACGCGAUAACCGGCGAUUCUAAGGCCCAAUACGAGACCAGAAACGGAGAUAUAGUACAAGGAAGCUACAGCUUGAUCGAAGCCGACGGUACUCGCCGCAUCGUUGAGUACACUGCCGAUCCGAUAAACGGCUUUAACGCGGUGGUUAGUCGCGAACCAGCGACUGCCGUCGCUGCCAUAGCUGCUCCUGUAGCCGCUUAUGCACCUGCCCUCGCACCAGCUGCUGCAGCUGCUCCAAUUUUACCAGGUGCGCCUGCACCAGCACCAGCGAUUCCGUCCAGCGGUCCCGACUCCGACGUGGAAGUGGUCGAAGCUAGAUCCGGUCCUCUGAAAGCCGCGUCUAGUCGCCAGGAACAGUUGAGGCAGCAACAGGAACAGCAGUUGCAGCAGCUGAAGGCGAUUGAAAGACAGCAACAGGAACAGCAGCAGCAACAGCUGCACCAGCUUCAGCAGCUCCAGCAGCAGUCCAGACUGCAAUUGCAACAGCAGAUUCAGCAGAGGCAAGACCAGAGGACGCAGGAAAAUAGCCAGGAGCAAGAACAGAGGCAACAGCAUCAACAAGAACAACAGGGUGCACCUGUAAGGGCGCUCGCUAGUCCAGUACAAAUUCCAGCGAGAGCUCAGCCUGCUAGGCUGGUCAGCUUGCCAGCGGCCAAAGCUGUCACCAGUUACGCUUAUCCCGGGGCUUAUGCUUACACCGCUGCUUACUCGUCGCCUGUGGCAUACGCGGCGCCCACUCUUACCUACGCUCCCGCCAACGCGCUUUUCUAAAUCUCAUUUUUAACGUUCGUUUUGUUAUAUACUGCCCGGACCGAUUGAACAAGUUCACCAAAUUGCAAUAAACGUACCUUUACAACGAAGAGAUGGUUUGGUCUGUUGUUUAUUAAAAUUACUAAUUCCGUCUUAUUUGAACGAAUUGAUUAAUUGGUAACACCUUCUGUGUAACGAAUUACACAGUAAGAACUUUACCUAUCGACUCUAUAGAAGAAUAUGCUGCAACGAUUUAAUGCGGUCUCAAUUGGGACGCUUUACGAAUACGAGAUUAUAUGCCAAUUGCGAGAGAACAAAUUUACGAUGCGUUAAGCAAGCAUGGAAUGGAAUAUAUCUUUAGCCCAGCUAUUGAGACAUUUUCCACUUUCGACAGGCUGCAACAAAUCAAAACGAUGAACGAGAUACGUACAAUGACGGAGUUUGUAAAACCGCCACCCACGAGAACUGUACAUCUUCCUCGAUAAGACUCGAGCAAUAAAUAAAAUAUAUUUCUUUAUCUCAA